CAGACAUCACCAUCCGCAGACAUCCUGCUACAAGGCAUUGACAGUCACGACAUCCCAACAAUCAAACCACUCAACGACCGAAACCAUGUCCCAGGACAAAAAGAGCAUCAUCAACGACCCCGACCUGGCGCUGGACCGCUAUGGCAACAUCUUCGUCAUCACCAUGCGCAAGGCGCCCGAGAACCGCCUGAACACCAAGUACGCCCGCAAAAUCAUCCGAACCUUUCACAAGGUCCGCGACCUGCUCGGCUCCUCGAGUGAAGGAGCAGUCAUCACCCAGGGCAACGACACCAAGUUUUGGUGUACCGGCCUCGAACUGGACGAAACAGACACAAACCCUUACGCAAAUGCCGAAGGCUUCUUCCCCUUGCUGGCCACUAUCGUGUCCUUCCCAUUCCCCACAAUCGCCCUCAUCACCGGCCACACGUUUGGCGGCGCGUGUCCCUUCGCCCUGAGCCAUGAUUACCGAGUAAUGAACAGCAAGCGCGGCUUCUUCUGCAUGCCUCCCGUUGACUUAGGCCUGCAUUUCCCCGGCAUAGGCUCCUUGCCUCGGCUGAAACUGCAUCCGCAGAUUGCGCGCAAGAUGUUGCUCGAAGCACAUCGGUGGACCGGAGAGGCGGCGUUGAAGGACGGCAUUGUCGACGCCAUCGCCGAGCCGGACAAGAUGUUCGAUGUGGCCAUGGAGCUGGCGCGCAAGUGGGCUCCCAAGGCGAAGAUGGAUGUCUAUGGCGUGCUGCGAAGCGAGCUCUACGGCGAAGCGAACAGGCAUUUCCGCGACGUUGCCUACAAUUACUCGCAACGACCACAGCCAGCUGCCAAAGCAAAGAUAUGAGGCCAAAAGGUUUGAGAUCAUGAUCAAAUGGGGGACGUAUAUCUAUCUUCGUACAUGCGAGU